UGUGUCUUAAUAGUUUUUAACUCUUUCAAUUAGGAAUUGAAAAUAUUCGUGUAGAAUAAUAACAGUGUAGAAUAAUUUAUAUUGUGAUCAUUCACUGCCCUCUGGUGGUCACAUUUAGGAACUGCAACACCAAACGAAAUCCCCAAUGUCAGAGAAUCUCAAAAUUAGCACGAUUCUACAUCUCGGUGGUUGCUGUAUUCUUACAAAGUUGUGCUGAUAAGGAGUUUAUUGAGACUUUGCAGCAAGAUAAGUUUCCUCUAUGUUAAUUUGAGGGGGUUAUACUGUGCGUCAUGGUGGCAGUGGGGAGCAUCGGUCUGCUGCAGGAUGCUUCUGCUGCAGGAUGCGUCUGCACCAACGCACUCUGCAGAUGUUUUGAAAUCAAAUGAUUUUUUUUUUUUUUGGAGCGACGGGACAUCUGAAAUGAAAGCGUGAGGAAGCUGUGUCUUGUAUUUUUGUGGGACUGACUCGAGGCGUUGCCGUAGUUUCUCCGUUAGGAUGUCAUCUGAAAAUGCUGCGUCACUGGAAGCUGAUGAAGGACCACCGGCUCCGUCAGAGCCUGAGCCCCUGAGGAUUGUGUUGCUGGGCCGGACCGGGACAGGCAGAAGCUCCUCAGGCAACACCAUCUUGGGCCGCUCCGCCUUCUGCGUCGACGCGUCCCCCUGUUCCGUAACCACAAAGUGCAAGAAACAGACCGGGACAGCAGGAGGGAGAAGCAUCUCUGUGGUGGACACUCCAGGCUUCUUCCAUACUCACCUGUCCCCCCAGGAGGUCCUGGCAGAGGUUGGGGAAUGCGUCGGUCUGUCGUCUCCGGGCCCCCAUGUCUUCUUGGUGACUCUGCAGCCUGGUCGGUUCACCCAGGAGGAGAAGGAGGCCUUGGAGUGGGUCAAGAUGAGGUUUGGGGCCGGAGUGGUGAAGUUUACAACGGUGCUGUUCACCCAGGGAGACCGGCUGCGGGGGAAGCGAGCUGAGGACUUCCUGGUGGAGAGUCGCGAGCUGUCGGAGUUCGUCAGCAGCUGCCGUGGGCGGUACCACGUCUUUGAAAACAGCCGCCAGGGCGAGGACGGCUCAGAGCAAGUCACGCAACUCCUGAGGAAGAUAGACGAGGUCGUGGCGGCCAAUGGAGGCGGUUGCUACAGCAGCGAAAUGCUCAAGGAGGCAGAGAGCGUCAUCGUGGAGGCCCAAGAGAGAAUAAUGGGAGGACACAAGGUGGAGUCUCUUCAGAUGGAGACCGAAGAGAAAGUGGUGGUGGAUUUGGAGAAGCUGAGGAGGGAGGAGGAAGAGGAGAGGAAGAGGGCAGAGAAGCUGUUCUGGUGCGAGCUGUUGACCGCUGUGGGGAAAGGAGCCGCAGAGGGGGUUGGGAUCCUGGGGAAGGACAAAGGGAAAGGGAAAGCGGUGAAGAAGGUGAAGGUGGUGGAGAAGGCGGCAGCGUUGGCAGCGUCGCCGCUCUCCAUCACUUCGGCGGCGAAGGCGAUGGGGGGAGCGGUGAGGGAAGGAAGUAAGGUGUUGUACAAACACAGAAAAACCUUCCUGCACUGAGGGUGUUGUCAGGACGUUAUUCAGCCUGGACCGUCUUUAUUACACAUGAUAGGUGAAAGAACAUUUGCUUUUCAUCGUGUGUCGGAUAUGAGAUUCUAUAAAGCAUCUGCAAGAGGACCUU